GCCGGAAGUUGUGGCCCGGCUGUGUCAACCCAGGAGCUGCGGGCUGGGAGUGCGGCUUCUACCGGCGCCAUGGGCGGGAAGAACAAGCAGCGAACCAAGGGGAACCUGAGGCCUUCAAACAGUGGCCGAGCUGCGGAACUCCUUGCCAAAGAACAGGGAACGGUUCCUGGAUUUAUUGGUUUUGGAACAUCACAUAGUGACCUGGGCUAUGUUCCUGCUAUUCAAGGAGCUGAAGAAAUAGACAGUCUUGUAGAUUCUGAUUUCCGAAUGGUGCUGCGGAAACUGUCUAAGAAAGAUGUCACAACAAAAUUAAAAGCUAUGCAGGAAUUUGGAACCAUGUGUACAGAGAGGGACACAGAAAUAGUAAAAGGAGUGCUUCCGUAUUGGCCAAGAAUUUUCUGCAAAAUUUCACUUGAUCAUGACCGCCGGGUUCGAGAAGCCACGCAACAAGCUUUUGAAAAACUUAUCCUUAAAGUAAAGAAACACUUGGCUCCCUAUUUAAAAAGUUUAAUGGGCUAUUGGCUAAUGGCUCAGUGUGAUACAUAUCCACCAGCUGCGUUUGCUGCAAAAGAUGCAUUUGAAGCUGCUUUCCCGCCAACCAAGCAACCUGAAGCCAUAGCAUUUUGUAAAGAUGAAAUUACAAAUGUGCUGCAAGAUCAUCUUCUAAAGGAAACACCUGAUACACUCAGUGACCCACAGACUGUUCCAGAGGAAGAAAGAGAAGCUAAAUUCUAUCGGGUUGUAACUUGUUCCUUAUUGGCAUUGAAGAAAUUACUUUGCCUCUUACCUGAUAAUGAACUUGAUUCUUUGGAGGAGAAAUUUAAGUCUCUUCUAUCACAGAAUAAAUUUUGGAAGUAUGGAAAACACAGUGUGCCUCAGAUCCGCUCAGCUUAUUUUGAGUUAGUUUCUGCUUUGUGCCAGCACAUUCCACAGUUAAUGAAAGAGGAAGCAUCCAAAGUGAGCCCAUCAGUUCUACUAAGCAUUGAUGACAGUGAUCCCAUUGUCUGUCCAGCACUCUGGGAAGCAGUACUCUAUACAGUUACAACUGUUGAGGACUGUUGGCUUCAUGUUAAUGCAAAAAAAAGUGUGUUUCCCAAGCUAUCAACUAUGAUUCGUGAAGGUGGUCGGGGUUUAGCCACUGUCAUAUAUCCUUAUCUUCUGCCAUUUAUCAGCAAACUUCCUCAGUCCAUUACAGAUCCAAAAGUGGAUUUCUUCAGAAAUUUCCUCACUUCUCUUAUUGCAGGGCUGUCAACAGAGAGAAUCAAAACCAGCAUUUCAGAGUGCUCCGCAGUAAUAUCUGCUUUUUUUGAAUGUUUACGUUUUAUAAUGCAGCAAAACUUAGGUGAGGAAGAGAUUGAACAGAUGCUCGUAAACGAUCAGUUGAUCCCUUUUAUUGAUACGGUUCUCAGAGACCCACUAUUGCAAAAUGGGCAACUAUUUGACUGUUUAGCAGAAACAUUAAGUUCCUGGGAAGCCAAAGCAGACAUGGAAAAAGAUGACCAAACAGCUCAGGACUUGGAAAACGUCCUGCUAAAUUUCUGGGGAAAAUUGUCAGAGAUCUGUGUGGAGAAAAUCAACGAGCCAGAAGCUGAUGUUAAAUCAGUUUUGGGUGUAUCUAACUUACUGCAGGUCCUUCAGAAGCCAAAGAGCUCAAUCAAGUCAAAUAAAAAAAAAAAUGGUAAAGUUAGAUUUUCUGAUGAGACACCUGAACCUGAAAGUAAUAAAGAGAAUGAAAAAUGUGUAUCAUCAGAAGGAGAGAACAGUGAAGGCACUGAAUUAGUGGCUGAGCCUUCUCUCACUCAUAAUUCUUCAGACCUUUUGUCUCCUCUAAGGAAAAAACCUUUGGAAAAUUUAGUCUGUAAACUUGCAGAAAUGAGUAUUAAUUAUGUCAACGAACAAAAGUCAGAGCAGCAUCUAAGGUUUCUUUCUACUCUGCUUGACUCCUUCUCUUCAAGCCAAGUGUUUAGUGUGCUUCUUGGUGAUGAAAACCAGAGUAUUGUCAAAGCCAAACCUGUUGAAAUAACCAAACUUGCACAAAAAAAUCCUGCUGUGAAGUUUUUAUAUGGGAAACUAAUAGGUUGGCUAAAUGAAGAUCAGAAAAAGGAUGCUGGUUUCCUGGUGGACAUUUUGUACAGUGCCCUCCGUUGCUGUGAUAGUGAUAUGGAAAGAAAAGAUGUCUUGGACAAUCUGACUGAGGAGCACCUGCAGUGGAAUUCUCUUCUUCAGGUUAUUGAAAAGGCAUGUUCUAGUUCCGAUAAACAUGCUUUGGUAACUCUUUGGCUAAAAGGUGAUAUCCUUGGAGAGAAAUUGGUAACCUUGGCAGAUGGUCUUUGUAAUAAAAAGGACUUGGAAUCCACUUCAGAAUCUUACUUCUCAGAAAAAUGGACUCUUCUAAGCUUGGUCUUGUCUCAACAUGUUAAAAAUGAUUACUUGAUUGGAGAAGUGUAUGUUGAAAAAAUUAUUGUUAAACUUCAUGAAACUUUAUCCAAAACAAAGAAAUUGUCAGAAGCUGAAAAUAGUGAUUCGUCGGUGUCUUUUAUCUGUGAUGUGGCCUAUAACUAUUUCAGCUCAGCGAAAGGAUGCUUGCUGAUGCCAUCUUCAGAAGAUUUAUUAUUAACACUGUUUCAGUUAUGUGCUCAGAGCAAAGAAAAAACACAUAUACCAGAUUUUCUUAUUAGUAAACUGAAAAAUACUUGGCUCUCUGGCGUAAAUUUAUUGGUCCAUCAUAUUGGCAGUACAUAUAAGCAGAGUACCUUCCUACGUCUGUCUGCUCUGUGGCUGAAGAAUCAAGUUCAGUCUUCAUCUUUGGAUAUCACAAGUCUUCAAGUCCUCUUGUCUGCUGUUGAAGAUUUGCUAAUUACAUUUCUAGAGAGUGAAGAUACUUGUCUUCUGGGAGAUUAUAUUACAAGUGUAAUGCCAGCCAGCAAUGAAUGGGAAAAGAUGAGACAAUCUCUUCCUAUUCAGUGGUUACACAGACCUCUUUUAGAGGGAAGACUGAGUUUGAAUUAUGAGUGUUUCAAGACAGAUUUUAAGGAACAAGAUACAAAGACACUUCCCAGCCAUUUGUGUACUUCAGCAUUAUUGAGCAAAAUGAUCUUAGUUGCAUUGAAAAAGAAAAUAGGCCUUGAAAAUAAUGAGCUUGAGGAAAUAAUUGCAGAACUGCUGUAUUCACUGCAGUGGUGUGAAGAACUAGACAAUCUACCUGAUUUUCUAACUGGGUUUUGUGAAAUGCUUCAAAAAAUGAGUAUUACAUUUGACAACUUAUGUGUAUUUGGUAAUACUUCUGGCCUUUUACAGCUGUUAUUUAACAGGUCCAGAGAAAAUGGCACACUUUGGUCUCUUAUUAUUGCUAAGUUGAUCCUUUCCCGAAGCAUUUCAUCUGAAGAAGUAAAACCAUAUUAUAAGAGAAAAGAAAGUUUUUUCCCACUAACAGAAGGUAAUUUGCAUACCAUUCAAAGUCUGUGUCCGUUUUUGUCAAAAGAAGAUAAAAAAGAAUUCAGCGCUCAAUGUAUCCCUGCUCUUUUGGGCUGGACUAAAGAAGAUCUUUGCAGUAUUGAUGGAGGUUUUGGACAUCUUGCCAUUUUCAAUUCUUGUCUGCAGACCAGAAGCAUAGAUGAUGGAGAGUUAUUACAUGGAAUAUUAAAAAUCAUAAUAUCCUGGAAGAAAGAGCAUGAAGAUAUUUUUCUUUUUAGUUGUAAUCUAUCAGAUGCAAGUCCAGAGGUACUGGGUGUAAAUAUAGAAAUAAUUCGAUUCCUUUCCCUAUUUCUGAAAUACUGCUCAUCUCCUUUGGCAGAGAGCGAAUGGGACUUCAUUAUGUGUUCCAUGUUGGCUUGGUUGGAGACAACAAAUGAGAAUCAGGCAUUGUACUCUCUGCCACUUGUCCAACUAUUUGCCUGCGUCAGCUGUGAUUUGGCCUGCGAUCUCAGUGCUUUUUUUGAUUCCACAACUCUGGAUACCACUGGCAAUCUUCCUGUAAAUCUAAUCAGUGAAUGGAAAGAAUUUUUUUCCCGAGGCAUCCACAGUUUGUUUUUACCUCUUUUGGUGACUGUUACAGAAGAAAACAAAGAUAUGUCUGAAACAUCAUUUCAGAAUGCAAUGUUGAAGCCCAUGUGUGAAACAUUAACAUAUAUCUCAAAGGAUCAACUGUUGAGUCACAAACUUCCUGCAAGAUUGGGUACUAGCCAAAAAACAAACUUACCAGAAUAUCUCCAGACUGUGUUGAAUACUUUGGUCCCAUUACUCCUCUUCAGAGCUAGGCCUGUGCAAAUUGCUGUUUAUCAUAUGUUGUACAAAUUGAUGCCUGAAUUGCCACAGUAUGAUCAAGAUAAUCUAAAAUCAUAUGGAGAUGAAGAAGAAGAACCAGCCUUGUCACCACCAGCAGUGCUGAUGUCUCUUCUUAGCAAAGAAGAGGACUUACUAGAAAAUGUUUUGGGGUGUAUUCCUGUGGGACAGAUAGUUACUAUUAAACCAUUGAGUGAAGACUUUUGUUAUGUCCUGGGAUACCUCCUCACUUGGAAAUUAAUACUUACUUUCUUUAAAGCCGCUUCAUCUCAGCUUCGGGCACUGUACUCAAUGUACCUUCGCAAAACGAAGAGUUUGAAUAAAUUGCUUUAUCACCUGUUCAGACUGAUGCCAGAAAAUCCAAGCUAUGGAGAGACAGCCAUUGAGGUCUCAAAUAAGGACCCUAAGACAUUCUUUACUGAGGAACUCCAGUUGAGCAUUAGAGAAACAGCAACUCUUCCAUACCAUAUUCCACACUUGGCUUGUUCAGUCUAUCAUAUGACAUUAAAAGACUUGCCAGCCAUGGUUAGGCUGUGGUGGAAUAGCAGUGAGAAGCGCGUUUUCAAUAUUGUUGAUAGAUUUACAAGCAAGUAUGUCAGCAAUGUUCUUUCUUUUCAAGAAAUAUCUUCUGUGCAAACAAGUACACAACUAUUUAAUGGUAUGACGGUUAAAGCUCGAGCUGCUACACGAGAAGUGAUGGCUACUUAUACCAUUGAGGACAUUGUCAUUGAACUUAUAAUACAGUUGCCUUCAAAUUAUCCUUUGGGUUCAAUAACAGUGGAAAGUGGGAAAAGAGUAGGUGUGGCUGUUCAGCAGUGGCGGAACUGGAUGUUGCAAUUAAGUACUUACCUCACUCAUCAGAAUGGAAGUAUUAUGGAAGGAUUAGCAUUAUGGAAAAACAAUGUAGACAAGCGUUUUGAGGGUGUGGAAGAUUGCAUGAUCUGUUUCUCAGUCAUUCAUGGCUUCAACUAUUCCCUUCCCAAAAAAGCCUGUAGAACAUGCAAGAAAAAAUUUCAUUCAGCCUGCUUGUACAAAUGGUUUACAUCUAGCAACAAAUCUACUUGUCCUCUCUGCCGUGAGACCUUUUUCUGAGAUGCUUUUCCAUUUGAAGUGAUCCCUGACUUGAACAAGUGAAGGCAUUUGGUUUAGAUCCAUCUGGAAGCAUUGAUGUGAGGAGGCCAGUGAGCAUUAUUUUUAAAUAGGACCUUUCUGAAAAAUUAUUUUGGUUAAUGUAAUGAUCCUAAAAUCAAGUUUACUUAUCUUUAGAUUGCUUUGUAAAUGUUUGGAAAACUUUUCUUUUACAAAAGAAUAUUACAUAUUUGAGAGAAAAUAUUUAUAUUACGGGUUUAAUCUCUUUGUAUAUUUAAUGAAAAAAACCCUAAAUUACAGAAUUGGAAUAUGUGAAAAUACAGCUGUAUUAUACUUAUAAAUCCAUUCAGUUUGUUGUUCUAUGUUCUAGAAUAGUCCAAGUGAGGCAAAAUGAAUUGAGAGAGCUUAAUUACAUCUACCGAUAUUUUAAGACUUAUUUAUUAGUUUUGACAAACAAAUCAGUAGUUACAACCAAAUUGGUAAUAUUCUAAUUUUUUAGAUUAUUUUAAUGAUAAAAAUUACACUAAGCUGUUAAUAUGGCUUAUCUUAAGCUAUUUGAAGCAUGCUGUGAUAUCCUAUGUAAAAGAGUAAACUGAACUUAAAAGGUGCCUCCAUUUAUCAAGGGUCAUGAGAUUCAGAAAAUUCCAAUUCAUUACACCUAUUUUUGCUUGUGGAAGAAUUAUAUCCAUGCAUUAGUGAAAUCUGAAUUGUAAACUUGAAAGUGAAUGUAUUACUCAGCUUGUGUGAGUAUCCAGAGGGUAAGAAUGUGGUAGAAGUAGUAAUUUGAUUAUUUCAUUUAUGAAGCAGAGUGGUAACUAUGCCUCUAUUGAGAGGGAAGAAUAAAUAUUAUUAAAACAUAGAUAUUGAUAGAAAAACAACAUUUAAAAAUGUAGGAGACUUUCAAUUUUGAAAGCAAAUCUUGCUGUUCUUACCAGCCAGAGUUACACUAAAUAAGAGUUUUUUUCAGCCUUUAGAAAUGAAAAAUUAAGGAUUUUAGUACUAAGUAAUAUUCACUAUAAUGGACUGAAGUGUACAAAUAGGUGAAAGCCCAACUUUUGCCACAGCAUGAUUACCAUUAAAAUUGUUCCCCAAACAUAAGAGUAUGAAAGUUUGGAACUUGAAAUAAUUUUAUUGCAGUCUUCCAUUUCAUGGGAAAUUAGUUAGGUUACUUAACAGAUCAUCUAAUCAUCUGUGUUGCAAAUGUUUAAUUGGCAAAAAGCAACUCGUGUUAAAUAAAAUUACUGCUUACCAUCAACUGGGUAGAAUGACUAUUAUUGACAUAGUAUGAAUGUGUUCAGAGGAUUAUAGUUGAGAGUGAAGUAUUAUUAUGUGGGAGUUACAGGUCUCUUGAAUUGUAUGUGCAGAUACAGUGUCCUACCUAGUUCUGCUUGUCUCUUUAAUUUUUCUGCGUAGUAUUUAUUAUCUUCUAGUCUUGAGGCUCAGACUUAGUAAGUGAAAUAUAGAUAAGCAAAAUUCUACUACCUCUUCUUAACCCCUCUCUUUAAAUAAUUCUCUGACUGUAAUCCCAAAGGAUUGUGUUAUUUCCACGUCAAAGUUACGUAUCCUUUAAAAAUUGUUUUGUAAUAAGACAUUGUUUAUACAUGUCCACUACUGGUAUUUCUGGACUCCUAACCCAAACCUAAAGUAGAAAAGGAAAGGGAAUAGUGGAGCAUUUUUUCCAUUAGGGCAUCAUGUUCUUGGUGAAUCACUAUACUGAAGGAUAAUUAAAGAUCUACUCUUCAUACUUAGACUAAAUACAUUUCUUUAUGACUUGUAAGUAUAAUUGUAAAGCUUGUUAUGAUUUACAUGCUAAAGAAAAAGCUUUCCAAGACUGGAAUUCAGACUAUCACAUUAAUUGUUUACAUAGUAUUGAUGACUAAAUAACAACCCCUAAAGCUUUAGUGUAAGGUCAUUUUAAAAUUUCAUGAAACUCAAACUCAUUAGCAAAAUUAUUUAUUUAAAACCCCAAAGUCAAUUGUGAAUUUUAAAAUUUAUUUUUGAUUCUUAUUUAUCACAUGCUCUAAUGUAUGUACAUACGUUUCUGUGGCCUAAAUAAUAUGUUAUGAUUUGGUACAUUUUUGUAGUGUGAGUAAUUAAUGUUAUUAGUUAAUUGUUACACCAUAUGUGCCCAUUAAAAUUCUUUUUAAUUACAAAAUAUUUCAGAUAUACAGAAAAAAUUAAUAUAAAUGCCCUUGUAACUCUUCACAUACUAUUUUGCCAUAUUUGCUUCUGAUUUUUAAAGAAAUAAAAUGUUACUCUUUUGUACUCCU